AUGGAAAUGGAAUAUUCUAUAGAAAAUGACAAAAGGGAAUUAACGAUUGUUUCAAGGACUGAUGAUAUUUUAGGAGGUGAACAAAAGAAACCGCAUUGGUUGGAUCCAAGGUCUUGUCCUUUGUGCAAUAGGGUUUAUAGCAAUUUAUCAAAUUUAAGACAACACAUGAAACUCAUACACAAUCCGACAUUGGUCACGUGUAAAUUAUGUUACAAAACGUUUAAAACGGAUCUUUACCUUCGUAGACAUUUGAUAAGGUAA